UUGUAGGAUUACGUUUUGUUUCCCCACCCGAUCCGGAAGUCAAAAUUAAAUCCACAAGCCAUGCUCAUCCGUGUGGUCAAGGAUUUGAUGCGGUUAUCCAACCUUCGAAAUCUUGGCACUCCUGUUCGGACCUUUUACGGCUCCGCAUUGCUAGCCCAGAAGAAGGGCAGACAAGAAACGUGCCCGGAGAGCGGUGAGUCCGACUGCAGUGAGGUCGAUGACAGCCCACCUCAGUUUUCAGCCUGUGCGAACAAACGCAAUCUGGAGUCUGGUCAUGCUAAGGACUCCAAGAAGCCGCCGCCUGCUUUCAAGGACACGUGGGACACAUAUAAGGGCAAGCAGUAUGUAAAACCAGUGGUGGAGUGGGACUUUCCCAAGGAGAUCUGCUGCCCGCAGUGUGAAGCCUUUCGCUUCGAUGUGCUCUACUAUAAGCCGGGGAAUAAAAAUCGCACCUAUCAGCGCACCUGGUGGGAAUGCACGCCACGUAUGGUGCCCAAAAGGGUCUGCUGUUGGUGCGAUGCCGUACCGCCGCACACCGAACGUCGGAUGCAAACGAAAGCCCAGACCCAGGAGAAACCCCAAGCAAAGAUUGCCUGCACCGCGGGACAUGAGAAGAAGCGCAUGGAUCGCCUUGACAAGAGCUGUCCUCAGCUAAGGAUGCCAUACUGUCGGGUAUCUCGCAGUCCGCCGAGUUGCAAAAUAUUCCCAACUCCCUCCGAUUGCGAAAAGACCAAGUGCCCGUUCCCCAGCUACUCCGAGUGCAUCCAGCAGGAUCCGGCCGUGAUACCCGGCCGUCCCCCAGAGUGCAGAUGCCUGGAGUUUAAUCCUAUUUGCGUCCAACUACGGUGGGCCAGGCAUAUGGCCAAGCACAACAUUAGCAUCUUUCCCUGUGAUCGCGGAAAGGACGAGAAGGAUAAGAAGGACACGUAGUUGUCGCCACCUGUUGUGAUCCCUGUUUGAAUCUCUGCUGCAGCAAAUUUCAAACUGCAGCAGAGAUUUACAC